AUGUCACCAAAGGCGCCUCGUAUCGCGGAGGAGAUAUGGGAACGACACAGAGACGAGAUCAUCGAUCUCUAUUGCGCUCCCAAGGGAACGCUGAAGAAAACGAUGGAUAUGAUGAAGGAUAAAUACGGAUUCCAGGCAACAAAAAGCCAGUAUACUACGAAAUUUGAGGCUUGGGGUAUACAAAAGUAUGCCGACAACACCACCUGGCUUUAUGCGUAUCAAAAAAUAAGGAAACGAAAGUUGGAGGAGAACAAGGAUACUGGGCUGAUCACCCAUGGGAGGAAAAGGACACGGAAAGAAGUCGAAAAAGAAAUCGCCCGGAAUGUCACGAGUAGAACCCAGUUGCAGUUGUUGGAGGAUAUUCCCACACCCGAAGGCGUUGAGGUUUUCACUCCAGGGGCCGAAGUAUUUUCUACUUUUGAAGUUUCUUCUCCAUCGGUCACUCUUCCAAAAGUGUGCUGGAACAACCUUCCAAGUGUUCAAUUACAGAAAGAGAUUCAGAUGCUUCUUCUUAAAGACCCUCGAAUCUUCAACUUUGACGCUUUUCGAGUUUUCAAUACGUCAGACCCGUCGAGCAGUCAGCUUGUUAUCCGUAACAAUUUAACAUCCGAAGCUGGGUCGUUGCAAAAAGCUUUGGAAGAUGCUGUGAAUAGCGCAAAGUCAUCUACGCCGCAAGACUUUCUAUCAAAGAAAUCGAUACCGCUGACUUCAUAUUUUCCACCGGACGAGACUGACAAUGAUUGUAUGCUGGGCUCCUACGGACUGAAGGGGUUUGGCAUAAAACUUCUACAAUACUUCAUCGUUUUGACAAACAAUGGCGCGAUUUCUGGAAGCAAAUUACACCAAGGAUUUCGGGGUAUAAUAUCGAAUCUCGGCGAAUCCUUUCUUUUUGACCUUUUUAGCCGUGAGACAACCACAAUUACAGCUUUUAUGAGGAAAAUACUUCCUACUGUCGUGGACCUUGGAAAUACCAGCAUGGUGAAAUAUAUUCUGAAGAAGCAUCUCGACAUCCUGAACGAAACAAAUCAUUUUCGUAGGUAUUGCAGUUAUACACAACAGGAAGAAUGCAUGUCGAUAGCGGUUACGAACGGGGACGUUUCAAUGGUUGAGCUGUUAUGUACUGCAGGAUUUUCGCCUCGAAUACUCGGUCCCUAUGCUUUAUUUCCCGCUAGAGAGCUACCGUGGGAUACAGGACGUCUUGAAACUUUACAAACUCUACUCUCAUCUGGAGCACAUCCGGAGUGCUUUAUUGUUGGCAAAUCUCGGGGUUUUCCUCUCGUCGAUGCUGCGAAGUCGGGCAGCCUCGAAGCCGUCAGUAUUCUCUUGAGACAUGGCUCUGGAGUAAACUGCUACGUUAAAAAUUAUUAUGGGACGGCCCUGCAAGCGGCAGUAUGGGCAGGACAUCUGGAGAUGGUCGAAUUCCUCAUUGCCUGUGGAGCAGAUAUAAACGCUCCAUUUGGUACGCAGUAUCAAUUACCAAUACCCAAAGAUUACCCUUCUAAAUACGUAAAAGAGGCGUCUUGGAGCAUGAUGACGCCAAUUCAGAUUGCUUGUGCCAAAGAUAAUGUUCCUUUGGUUGUAUUGCUGCUCAGCCGUGGAGCGGAUGUCAAUCUCUCUCCACUUUCUCAGGUAGAUUUGAGCGCCCAGGAGGGGCGUUAUAUAUUCUCUCACCGUGAUGAUGAAUUCAUGUUCAGUUCGAUUGAUUACUCUCCGCAUUACGACGAGGCGCAGUACUUCACUGCAUUCCAACACAGUGUCCGAAAUGGAAACACCAACUUGGUUCAAUUGCUUCUCUUGAGUGAAGCAAACAUUAACUCAAGGGCGACCUCCCAUCUUUGGGAGGAUACACCACUUCAACUUUCUGUCCGCCUUGAUCACUCGAAUAUAGCUCGAAUUUUGAUAGAAUCUGGAGCUCAUGUAAAUGCUUCUCCUGGAAAGUUCAAUGGCCGAACGGCUUUACAGGCCGCAGCCGAGAGGGGGAAUAUUCACAUCGCACAGGAACUUCUGAGGAGGAACGCCGACAUAAACGCCUCACCAGCGUAUGAGAAGGGUUUGACUGCGUUAMAAGCCGCUAUAAAAAUGGGUCACUCUUUGAUGGCAGGGGUUUUAUGUAUUUUAGGUGCCAAUAUAAACGCACCGCCUGCCCCGGAAGGAGGUCUUACAGCUAUCCAAGCAGCAGCAGAAACAGGUGAUUUGAAUCUCGUCAAUGAUCUCAUACGUCUCGGAGCACACGUAGAGAACGCGAUAGCCGGAACCAAAGCAAUGCUAGCUUCAAUAUCGCACGAGGAUUUACCGAUUCUUGAGUUGCUUGUCAAAUGUGGCGCACCGAUCAAUCUACAGGAAGAUGAUAACUACAUGCCACCAAUUGUGGCAUCAGCAAGAAAAGGCUGGGUUGAUGGGGUACUUUACCUCCUGGAUAACGGCGCUGAUAUCAACUCUUACUACUAUGAUAUGAGUAUUUGCAGCAAUCUCAGCUCCUUGUCCUGGUCGAUUAUCACACGUGAUAUUCGAAUGGUCGAUUUACUUCUGAAAAGAGGCGCAAGUCUUCGUUUUCCUGAUGCCAAAUAUCCGUUUAACGAUUCUCUCUGCCAGGCAUUACGCCAAGGGUGUCCUGCGGAAAUUAUUGAUAGGCUCCUUGACCAAUACACGGAGGCAUAUCCGUUGUUUCUACGUCAAGAAGUUCUAGCCGAGGCAGUAUGCAAUGUAUUUGAUGCAUUUGAUGACAAAGACGUUGCAAGAACAGCACGUCUCCUCAGCAUUAUAUCCAAACUACCCAAGACGCUGUACAUGGCCCAAGUUAUGAAUGCAUGGGAUAAACUUUUAGGAGACCACCAUUGCUGGAUUGAUUUGGCAGAAUUUUUGAUUCAAGAAGGUGCCGAAAUACAAGUACCAUCCGGCGAAGAUAUAGGAACUCCACUCCAAGAGGCAGUCCAAAAAAAUGAAACUGAUUUUACACACUUCUUGUUGGAACGAGGUGCUGAUAUCAAUGCAGCUCCAGCCGAAGAUGGGGGUGCUACUGCACUCCAAGCAGCCGCAAAAAAUGGAAACAGAAGCCUGGUUAAGUUUCUUCUUGAACGUGGCGCUGAAAUCAAUGCACCUCCAGCCAAUUUCAGUGGUGUCACGGCACUUCAAGCAGCUGCAAUUAAAGGCUAUAUAGACAUUGCUGUUGACCUUCUUCGACAUGGCGCUCAUGUUUCUGCACCUUGCGCGGCAGAAAAUGGCAGAACAGCAAUUGAUGGUGCUGCAGAGCAUGGGCAUGAAGAUAUGCUGCAACUACUUUUGAACCAUUAUGAUGGUUGCGAGAAUCUGAGUGCUGUUUGUGAAAGAGCAGCAAAUUAUGCGAAGGAAGAGGGCCAUGGUGAGAUUGCUUCGUGGCUUAGGCAGUACCCCAACCUAUCAACUGAAAUUGAAUGA